GAGAGAGAGAGAGAGUCCUCCGGCCGCGCGCGCUCUCACAGUCUUCAAACUGUCUUUCUCUCCCUCCCUCCCGCAUAUUAAUCAAAAUGAUAUUACAAUCAAAAUCAAGGAGAUUUUUCUUUCCCCUGAGUUAACGUUACCUUUGGGUGUGAAUUGUACUAAAAUAACGUUGCCUUAUCUUCUCUGAAAAGCGUGCCGCACAUUCAGCUGACAUAAACCACACUUUAAAUAAACGAACAAAACCUAUCCAGUGAUGAAAUUUUUUCUGUGUUGACACAAAUCUUGCGCGAUGUUCUAAAUACCGGGAUAAUCACACGUGCUGUCGCCGCGUCAUGAUAGAUGAGGUGCGCCUUAUAUUUUCCUGCUUUUUUUGUCCUUUGCCAAUCACACCUAUGAAUUAGAGGAAGGUUAAGUUAAAAAUAGGGCUGUCAGUAAACUACGGUUCUGUAUAUUAACUGCAGCUCCAUUUGAAAGCAGGUGAUGGGGAUUUACCGCUAAUCAUGGAACCGGCUUUACUGACGAGAUGCGCAUGAUCAUAUCGUUCGAUAUAUUGUCCAGCCCUAGUUAAAAAUAAAAAUGUUUAAGUGUAAUAUAUUUUUCUCCUGGUCCUUAUUUUAAAUUUAUUUAAUUUGUGCUAUUUAAAAUACAGAUUGUGAAUUCAUGAUGAAUAAUUGUUUUGUUUGCACUUAAAUAUCCAUCCUCCAUGAGCAACCUUUAAAAUUUCCCUGACAUUUUCGUGUUAUAAUUUAUCUUAAUACCAGCAUUACAAGGCUUGCUUUAAGAUUGGACCAAGAGUGGACCAAGGGGUUCAAGUUGAGACUUGGUCAGCCUCUCAGGACAAACUAGACAUCACCUUCUCCUUCCCCUGAGGUGUGGCUUUCUGCCUUGAUCCAGUACCCUGGUGUUGUGGAUCAAGGAUUUCAAGGUGAGACGUGAUCAGCCUCCUAAAGAAAAUUGUGAAGAAGUACGGGGUCUUCAGUCACUUUGCCGUGUGCCUUGCAAGGACAAAAAACUUGCCUUCAUCUUCUCCUGGUUUCGUGGACCAAGGGGUUCAAGUUUAGACGUGGAUGCAUAAUGUCAAAACCGGCUCAACUCCGAGUGAUCCUUGCAGAUCAUGAUGUCCGUAAAGUUGUACUACCAUCUGGAAUCCCUGAGACAGUGAAUGACCUUCACUCAGUCAUUCGUGACACAUUUUACAUUGCCAGAGACUUCAGUCUUCACUAUAAAGAUGUUGAUUUUGAUGAGUUUUUCACCCUUUAUUCUACAACUGACCUCAAGGAUAAGGACACAAUCAAGGUUGUGUUUCUCCAGGACCAGGAGCCUGUAAUAACUUUAAACUUAACUGAUGUGACCAACACUGAUGUGACCAACAUGACUGAUCAGCCUUGUGAGGAGCACUAUGUUGAUGACACCGCAUCUGUGUCAACCGAUGACACACUGAUUCUCUCAUCUGAAGAUAGUCCAGGCCACCGUUCCAAGCGCUGGCCUGCUCAGUUUUCAAUUCCCAGCUUUUCUGGCCUCACAGAGAUCCAAAUUCAGUCAGCCAAUGAGCGCUUCAAAAAAUAUGGGACUCUUCUCACUACAAAAGAUUUAAUUCCACUACUCCCAGACAUCCUUGGAAAACUAGCGGAGGCUAUUUAUGAGUACACUGCUUAUCCAUCUAGUCUGCAGAUCGGUGAGGUUGCAGAGGCCCUCACUCAAAAGCAUCCCUGCCUCAAAGAACCAGGUUCCUUUAAUGGGUCCUAUGGAUGGGCGCAGCGCCUGAAAUAUAAGAUGAACAAUUUCAGAAGCAAACUUCGAGGUCUUGGCUGCCCUGAAGUUAAGGUGAACUCACUCAAGAGAAAACAAACAUAUGACCAGUAUCCGGCAAAGAAUCUGAAAAAACCAAAGAAGGCUGAGGUGAACUACCUACCCCCUCAUGCUCAAGGUGAAUCUACUGCAAGUUUGGAAAAAGAGAGAGUGGAGCUCCUAAGUGAAAUGAUGAAAAGGGACAACUCAAAGGUGGUAGCUCAGAAAAUGGCCAAGACGUUCAGCCUUCGUCGGGAGGAAAUAGUGAAAGAGGUCCCUGCCAUCAGUGACUGCAUGAAGCGCUGGCCUGCACUUUUUACUGAAGCACAGAUAAGUGAAGAAUUUAAGAGGAUAACAACAGUUAGCCUUGAAUCAACCUUUCUGGCCAAGCUUGACCAAUGCACCCCAAAAUUGAUGGCCUUGACUCAAUCAAAAGGAGGAGCUGCAGGCCUGAAGAUAAGGCACAUUAAGGACAUGCUUCUUGAGGACAACACAGUUGAAAGGCGGAGAGAAAUUGCCAUUCGCUGCCUCAUAGUCUAUCUUGGAGAGAAGGAGGAGGACCUUUUCAAACAGUAUCGUGAUGUGGAGGAGCUCGACGCAGACCUUGCGAUGCAAGUGAUGAAGAUUGCCAUCAUCGGUGAUGGGCGUGCAACCAUCGUAGUAGAGGGAACCAAGAUCCUGCAGGGGAUUGAUGUCGCCAGAUCCUGUGCUUUGCUGAUGGGGGUAAUCUAUGCUCUUAACCUUAGCUAUCCCAAGCAGUUGAAAUUUACCUUUGAGGCAUUCCAGAAGCUCUGCCUUGAGCUCGAUGGACAAAAAGCCAGCUCUAAAGUAAUGAAUCUCAAGUAUGGUAUUUUCUAGAGCGGACUUGAUUGACCUUGCAUGAGGGAGAAGCUCACAUCACACACACGCACACAUACGCACACACACACAUGCAAACACACGUGUUCUUUUGUUUCUGUCAUAGUAUGAAUACCUACUGAGUGAAGUCCAAAUCAGUAAAAGUUAUCAGUAUAGAAAAGGAUGACCUCUGUUCUCUGAGGGUGUUAGUGUAUUUUGAACUUUAUAUGCAGUGCCUUCUUUUGUUGGAUAUUUCUCCUGGAGUUAGUCAGGAGUUUGAGCAGUCUGAUAUUGAUGAGAGAAGAGAUGAUGAUGUAAGUGCUGCCAAAGUUAAUUGAAAGAAGCUUUGCUCAUUUGAUGUUGAAAUUAGUGCCUUGAAUGUACAGCCACCUGUAAUUUUUUUUUUUGAUCAUUUUCAUGUGUACAAGUCAAAGGAUGGUGAUUCAUGCACAGGGUUUUACUUAAUUUUAUAACACCGUUUCUCCUCAUAAAGCUUCUGGGUACAUGUUUUGUGUCUUAGGAGAAUGCAGCCUACAAAUGCUGCUUUUUGCACUUUCAAGGAUUUAGUGCUACUGUUAAUGUUAAAAAAUGGUUAGAAUUAAUAUGAAUAUUACUGUCUGAAUUUCUGUUCUUUUUGAGCACCCUUAGCUGCUGUCCGGUUGCUACGUUUUGAUACCCCCCUCAUGCCUCUAAAUAAAUCUAUCAACCUUUCAGAAUGUGUUUGUCAUAUUCUUGCUGUUUUCCAUCAGGCACCCUCAAACAAACAAACACACAAACCAUCCUUACCUUCCUCAGAUUGUGUUGUAAUCAUUUGAUUUGAACUGCUUCUUGCUUCUUAAAGACAGCAAGGCUCUGUAGCUACACCUAAUUUCUGGGGGAUUCCUAAAGGUUGGCUAAAGAAUUUUUCUCACGGUCAUGACAGAAGAGCAGAAACAGCACAUGGUAAGCUUGAAUAUCAUUUGGGGAAAAAAAAAAAUGGUGUCUGUCUAUAUUUAAAAAAUUGACUCCUGGAAAACACAGGAAAAUGUCUUUAUUAUAGGACAGGGCUCAACUUAAUUAUUAAGCUCAUGUUACUUAGAAAUGUGUUUUAUUGUGGCCAAAAAACUUCUUCACAUAACUUAAAACAUUAUGUUGGAUCAACUUAAUUACUAGCGUUCAUGUUACUUAAAAAUGUGUUUUAUUGUGGCCUAAAAACUUCUUCACCUAACUUAAAACAUUAUGUUGGAUCAACUUAAUUACUAGCAUUCAUGUUGAAAAUUAUUAAGUUCAUGUUACUUAAAAAUGCGUUUUUAUUGUGGCCUAAAAGGUUAAUUCACCAUACUCAAAACAUCGCUUUGAAUUAAUGUAAUUCUGCCAGUAGUCUUAACAUAAAAAUUCUAGUGGAAAACGUUAACAUAUUUUUUUUUGUUGACCCAAUGUUUUAUUUUUUAG